ACUUUCGCGAAUCUCAAAUUGGUGGCUUACUGUCAAAGUAAAAGCAUUGUUGUAAUGGGAUGCGCGGCGUUUGGGUUCCUAGUACGAAGACCUCACAACAAUAUAACAUUGCCACCAACUUUCACCAAUCCCGUGUUAGUGAAGAUGGCUAAGAAAUACGGCGUGACUGUCAGUCAAGUUGUCCUGCGGUCUUUGCUGGACCGCAAUAUUGUACCAGUCUCUACAUCAUCCAACAAGGAACACAUUAAACUGAAUGAAGACAUUUUUGAUUUUCAUCUCAGUCAUAAAGAAAUUCAAGAAAUAAAGAAAUUUGACAAGAACGAAAAGGUUCAUCCCAUAGAAGUGGAUGACAUGCGCAAGCAAUAUGAAGAAAUGAAAAGUUAUAUUAAAAAGAACAAUUUGACCCAGUAUGAAAAUAUCUAAACGCUACAGCUAAAGGUGCAGGUACACUUGAGCAUUCACUUGUAAUGAGCAUUCGUGCGAAUGUUACAUGACAGAAAAAUACGAGAACAUUUUAGCGAACGUUCUAGCGAGCAGAUUUGCUUGAUCUAAUCGAGCGUUCGCUAGAAUUCUCAAAAUGUUCGUAGCAAUAUUUAGCUCUAUGCUUGCUCGGUUCGUUGUGCUGUUCCACAAAUAUAAAAAAGGCGAAUGCUCGAUGUUCUGUUGAAUGCUCAAGUCUAUCAGCUUUAUACCUUUACCUUUAUAUUUUGUUCUCGGAAAGCGAUUUCUUUGUUAACCGACUUAAAAAGAAAGAAGAAAAAAAGAAGGAGGUUCCUCAAUUUGAACGUAUAUAUUAGUAAUAUUAUGUGCAGAUAUUUUGGAGAGGUUUUUUUUAUCUUGGAUAGGCUUGCGCUUGACUACAUGCCUGAUGGUGAGCAAUGAUGAGGUCGAAGAUGAAAAGCACUUGCUUAAAAGAUGCCUAUGGUGCGUUUGUGUCUAAAACUGAAUGACCAAAACGGACACAUGUUUAUAAAUUUGUAUUUUCCUUCUGUUGCUAAUGUUAUCCAUCCACGGUCCGAUUUUUGCUUCAAGUCGAGCAAUGCACGUCGCGACCAAUACACGAUAAGUUUUUUUGGACUUCAUACCGGCCGCGGUGCAGGCAUGUUAGCAUAUGGCAAAAAGUUUUUGGUAAAUGGGUUUCGAUGCCACGCAAUCACCGGAUCUCGUAAAUACACAAGAAUUUUAGAGAUCACUUUAAACCACACAAAACAAGGUGGUACUGUCACUGUACUAGCGCAUUCAAAACCCAACCGUUUUCAGAAAUAGGAUAAGUUAUAACAACCAUAGUAUUAAAACGACUUCAUUAAGGAGUUAAUUAAAUAUAAACUUAUUCGUGAAAUAAUAUGAUUUUUAAUAGAAUCAGAUAAUCAUUAUCUUCAUAGGCAUACCUAUAAUAAAGCCAUUGGUGUGUACUGUUUAGUAAUAAACAAAUUAUUAGAAAUGAAUUGAAAACGUAUUAUUUUAAAUUAUUUAUUGCUUUUUAUAAAUUGUUAUUCAUAAUAAAUUCAUCAUAUCUAAUGUUUCUAAGCUUUGGUCUAUUUUCAUUUAUGAACAAAGGAGAUGUUGCAAAAUUGUAUGGAGCCCAGGUCCAGUCAUUGUACCCUAGCGGAAAUAAAAGAAAAUAUUUUUUAAAACUAUUUUUGAUUAUACAAAUCUACGAAUUUACUUUAAUUCAUUCGAAAUAAUAUUCAAAAUUUCCCAAGAAAUGCAACACUAUUAUCUAUUAUGGGUAAUAAUGGCGAAUAGAUGACGUUUUCAAUGCUGUAAUCGAUUUGACGUUUGUUGUCAAUUGUCAUGUCAUAGUUGCUCUAUGGGCGCCAUCUUGAUAUAACUCAAAAACUUGUGCUUUUAUUUUAUUCAUUUCUUUUUAUUUAGUUAGAUUUAUUCACUUUAAUAAAUUUUAAUAAAAUAGUAUUUAUUUAAUUUUAAUAAUACGGGAGUGGAUCUGAAAUGGACCAUCUCCUUUGUAAUUAUUAAGUGCGAAAUGACUAGCGAUUUAUAUGGCUCGAGUAUGGCUUUAGUAUACCUAAUCAUUCUAUGAGCCAAUUUAGAAAAUAUAAAAUCCUAAAUUGACCUGAGCUGGAAAUCGAAUUCUGACCUUACAGGUUUGAAAGGUUUCUGACCUGACAGUUACAAGCAAGACAAUCUUGGGAUUGUCUUGCUACAUACAUACAAUACAUACAUUUUUGCUGU